AUGACAAAGCUUUAUGUUUCUUACAUGCUAAAUCUUGCGAUAUUAAUGUCAUUCAUACUUCAUCGUUUUUUAAAACCUCAUCAUAUAGAAGCUGAAACUUUAAAGAGUCGACAAGAAAGGCUAGGGAUUUUCGUUCUCGAAUCAUCGACCGAUGGCCCAGAAAAGUGUUAG